AUGGACCACCACCACUCGCCUCCCGUCUUUCCAGGCUAUCCACCCAUCAGCAACGUCGCACCGAGUCCAGCAAUCAUGCCGCCGCCACCGUCGACACAGGCGCAUCAAGCGCAGAUGCACCCGCUCGCGGCGUACCAGCAGCAGCACUAUGGCCUCCGCACGCUCCUGAACAACACCCCUGCGCCGGGCUACCCGCUUUCGCUUGCGACGCCCAUACAGAGCACGUCGACGCAGACGUCGCCUGAUACGGUCUCAUCCAUCUCGCCCAAGGUCGAAACUCCCUCGAUCGGCGUGCAUGACCUCCCUCCCUCGUCGCAAUCCGCCUCUCCCGCCUCUCCUCCCACCGCCUCGACCAGCGCAGCCGGCUCUUCAAAACCCUCAAAACAACCCUUCAUCCCCCCUCCACCGCCUCCACCCCUGUCAGACCCCGUGGCCCUCCUCCGCCGCUCGCGAGAAGGUAUCUCGCAACUCAUGCACCAAGGGAACAUUGACGCCCGGCCGUCUCGACAAGCUCCGCCGUCUGCACCCCGCAGUGGCGCAUGCUCGAAUUGUCGAGUUGGCAAGUCAAAGUGCAAUCAGGAGGAGCCGAGGUGUGGACGAUGCGCGCAGCUCGGGUUGGAGUGCUCGUAUCCGCUAUUCAACAAGCGAGGGCGGAAACGGAUAAUGACGCCGAACCAGCACAUGCUCGAAAACUGCCACCGCGACAUCGAAGCGGCCCUCGCCAUCCUCGCCGAGCGACAGCCCGGUCCCUCUGCGCUCUUCGGCACAUCACCGUCCGCCACUCCGACCGACGUCAAGCCCUCGAUCAGCGGUCUCCUGUCCCCGCCCCUCCAAGCGCUCAAGUCGCUCUCCUCCUCCAGUUCCGCCGCAGCCUCGAACGAAGGGACAGACGACGACGACCCGACUUCUCGCGAGCUCAAGAGCGUCAUCGAGUCCCCUCUGGCGGUGUUGGCGCAUAUCUCGAGCUUGAAGGUUAGCGAGAGUACGGAGGAGGAGAGCGGGAAGAGGUUCUUGCCCAAACGGAGUGGGGAGAACGAGUCGGGAUCGGCGGCCGAGGGGUACUUUGCGACGGGACUGUACCAGCUGCGGUCAGACGCGGAUCCGGCUUACGACCCUGUCAACGUUGGCAUCCUCUCCGCUCGCGAUUUUGAGCGCGUCGUCGAAUUCUACUUCACCUCCCUCCGCCCCUUCGUCUUCCACCUGUCACCGUCCCUCCACACACCCCGCUUCAUCCGCGACACCUCCCCCUUCCUCGCCACCUCCCUCGCAUACAUCGUCUCGUCCUUCAUACCCGACUUGCACCAUGUCGUCACGCCUCUGCAUGACCAUGCGCUGGAGCUGAGCAAGAGGGUUUGGGCAGAGGGACUGAAGAGUCUGGAAAUUGUGCAGGCUUACUUGUUGCUCAUCCACUGGACGGCGAUCGAGAACGACUGGGGCGACGACCGACGCUGGGGCUGGCUCGGGCAGGCGCUGCGAAUCGCGACCGAGAUCAAGCUCCACAAGAAGAUCAACACGAUCACCUACGACUUCUACCGCUCCGUCACGCCGCUCGGAGAAGGCGCUUUCGCUGCGCUGUCGGAUACGAGGGCGUGGAGUUGGAAGUUGUUGUUCGUGGCGGAGAUUGCGCUAUGCGUCUCGACUGGCCGGCUAGGAUCCGUUUCGGGCCUGUCAGUCUCGACUCCAGGCGCGCCGCUGCCGAAGGACAUGCGACCCGAGGAUCCGGACUAUAGCGUCGCUGCGCUCGUCUCGCUGAACCGGAUCUAUGCCAAGGCGAUCACGCACUCGAAUAGCUUGCAGGACAGCGAGGAGGGACACGAUUCGCGCUUGAGACCAGAGUUCCAGAAGGCGUGGCAGCGAGACUUGACGGAGUGGAUGGGUCGGUGGCGGCAUAUCAACCCCUUCGUCCGCCUCAUCGCCCAGCACAACACGACCAUCCUCACCUCCAUCUCGCUCCGCUUCAAAGGACCCGUCACGCCCGUGCUCGAGGAGUGCCGACAGUCGGCGUUCGAGACGGUCAAGAUGGCGCUCAACUGGCCUGAUCAAAGUCUCGUUUAUGCGUCGAACUUGAUGGUCGUCAACAUCGCAUACGCUGCGACCCUUCUCCUCCGACUCGCCGCCGCGAAGCCUGGACCGAUAGACCACGAAACGAAGAUGGUUUGCGCUGCGACCGCCGACGUCCUCCUUCGAGCGGGAGCAGUCCGACCAACAGUCCGAACUCUCGCUACACUGCACGGCACGCGUAUCCGGACGCUGCUACAGGCCGACCUUCCGAAACCGAGCCGACCAUCUUCUCGUAGCGGUUGCCCCAGCUUCUUCUCCAACCCGAACUCGCCGGGUUCUUCCACUCCCGCCAACACCCAAACCUCCAUGACCGGCCUCACAGGCUCGACUUCGCCCUUCAUGAGCGUUGCCGCCGCCGAAGUCCCGACUCACGCCCUCCUCGAAGCGCAAGAACAGGGCUUGCUCUUCCCCUCCGCGCCGAGCCUGUUCAACCUCCCGCCGUCCGACUCACAUGCCUUGUGGGACUUGUUUCACGAGCCUGGGCCCAUGAAUGCGACGGCGGGAGGAUCGACGCCGUCGAGGGAGGAUGCGACUGGGCUUGGCGAGAACAGCGGGAUGGUCGACGGGACGAACGAUGGCGCGUCCGGCAGCGGCACGAAGCCUGACGGGUGGAUGUACAAAAGCGCUCUUGACCAGGAUUGGCUUUCGUCUGAGCCAGGUGCAUGGGCAUGGUAG